AUGACGCCUUCAAACCUCAUGUUCGCGGACCAAACCAGGAGGCUGACGGCUAAGGAGAAAAACAAACUGAGAAAACCGCUGAUCGAAAAAAUGCGGAGAGACCGAAUGAAUAGCAGCAUUGAGCAGCUGAAAAGCUUGUUGGAAAAAGAAUUGCAAAGCCAGCGGGCUGGUUCGAAGCUGGAGAAGGCCAACAUCCUCGAAAUGGCCGUCAGCUACCUGAAGCAUCAGAACCGGACGCAGGGUGCAGCUGGAGGACCUGCCCAGGAGAGGGAAGUGGACUUCCAAGAAGGCUACGCCAGAUGCCUUCAAGAGGUCUCCCAGUUCCUGCUCCUACACAGCGUUCACCCCCAGACUCAAAAAAAGCUGAUGCACCAUUUUCAACACGCCGGCCCCCUGCCCACGCCGGCCCCCUGCUCUCCGCCUCGUUGGAAGCAAUCUUAG